CCGGUUAGGUUGCGCGUCACUUAGCAUUAAAGCUAACUCGCGCGACUCUAUCCGACCAGGUGUUACAACUUUGUUCUUGACGUCGGUUGUUUCCUCGUCAUGGCGACAACUCUGUGUGUUGUCUUCAUGCUUGUUGCGUCUCUUCACGCCGGCGAGGGGGACCUGCGCUUCGCCUCCUACUAUGGAGACCACAUGGUGCUGCAGAAGUCUCCAGAGCGCGCCGUGCUGUGGGGCCGCGGCCCCGAGGGGGCCCAGGUGACCCUCACCUUGUCAGGACCAUCGACACAGAACGUCUCAGUCUGCACCGUGAAGAACGGUAUCUGGCGCGUCGCCCUUGACCCGGUUGAAGCCGGCGGCCCCUACAAUGUGACGGCAGCCGCUCCGAGCGGCGCGGCCACUCUGACAGAUGUGCUGUUUGGAGACAUCUGGCUGUGUGGAGGGCAGAGCAACAUGUGGCUACAGCUGUCUAAGAUUUUCAACGCGUCGAAGGAGCUGAAACGUUCAGCGAAGUAUCCUCACGUGAGGAUCUUCAUGGCGGCCUUGAACCUGAGUGAAACUGAGCGGACUGAUUUGAUUCAAGUGGAAAUUCCCUGGUCUGUGCCGCCAGCGAAUGUGGCACAGUUCUCUGCAGUGUGCUGGCUCUUUGGACGCUACUUGUAUAAGAGGCUGCAGUACCCCAUAGGCCUGGUGGAGUCCUGUUGGGGGGGCACACCCGUCGAAGUCUGGUCCUCCUCAAGAGCACUGCAGCGGUGCGGACUGUAUCACACGAACAGUAAGGUCCACCAAAGCUUUCCUUACACUUACUGCAAAGAUUGCUCGUUAUUUUCUUCCGGUCCUAAAGAGAAUUCGGUCUUGUGGAAUGCGAUGAUUCACCCGCUGCUCAACAUGACCGUCAAAGGAGCCAUCUGGUACCAAGGCGAGGCGAAUUCUGGAUAUCACCAAGAGAAUUACAACUGUUCCUUCCCAGCGAUGAUCGAUGACUGGAGGCUGGCGUUUCACCAGGGCUCGGGGGGGCAGACGGCGCCCGACUUCCCUUUUGGAUUUGUCCAGCUGUCCACCUACCAAAAAGGCUCCAAGAAUGACGCUUUUCCGAACAUCCGCUGGCACCAGACGGCCGACAACGGCUUUGUGCCCAAUUCCCGGAUGUGGAAAACCUUCAUGGCCGUGGCUUUGGAUUUACCAGAUGCAGCGUCACCCUAUGGCUCGAUCCACCCGCGGGACAAGCAGGAUGUGGCCCGCAGACUGACCCUGGGAGCUCGGGCGGUGGCUUAUAAUGAGAAGCGCGUGUCCUUCGAAGGUCCUUUCCCCAAGGAACUCAGUGUGUCGGCGCCCAUGUCGGUCAACAUCACCUACGACCAGAAGGUGUCCGUCACGCCAUCCAGAAGCAUCUUUGAGAUCUUUUGCUCAGGGGUUCAGACUCCAUAUGGGCCUGAGCCUCGCUGGGUCGCAGCUCCCAUCAUGCACUGGGGCCCGGCCACCGUCCAGUUAUCUACCAGCUCCUGUCCACUUCCUCAUGCAGUAGCUGCCGUCCGCUAUGCGUGGAGAGACUGGCCCUGUAGCUUUAAGGCCUGUGCGAUCUACAGCGCCAGUGGGGUUUUACCCGCGCCUCCUUUUGACCUGCCGCUCUCCAGCCGAAGGAAACCAGGAACUUGAGGAGGACGAAGUGAUGGAAAAACGUGUCUGUUUCUUUAAGCCAAAAUGAGACGAUGGGACAAAUGUGUUGUCAGAUCGACCAGAUUGUUCAACAAGAUAAUCGACACUGUAAAAGUGAUAAUAUGAUGACACGGUUACCGAGAGAAAAGCUAAAGGAAGAAUAUAUAUCGAUUUUUCUUCUUCCUUGAUUCAACAAUCAAUUUGGGUAUGUGAUAAGUCAGUGUGGGGCAGUGCCAGAUCCCACAGAUUAAGCAAAAAGUACCGCGUAUUUACCAGUUAAUUGUCCUGUUUCAGAAUAGGAAGAAUACCUAUAGAGUAGCUGCUAUGCAUGUCUUUAGUGGAAAGUUCUCCAGUCUGAUUUUAUAAAAUGCUUGUGUAUAUAUGACAUUGUUUGUCCUGUAGACAACCUAUGCCAAUUGCUGGACUGUGUAGAAAACAUGAUGGAUGUUUUGUUUGAACAACUCUAGAUUUUGGAGUCAUUUGCACAAAUAAAUGAUAAAACUAC